UGAAAAAGUGGUUUCAUUUUUAGUGACAAAAAUGAAGAAUAAAAGCUUUCAGUGCCAAAUAUUUAUAUUUUUCACACUAGCUUUCGCUCAAGUUCAGUUGCAGAUACCACCAGCUUAUAUUGUCCAAAACACCACAGGAUGUCUCUUCAUAUCGUUAUCUGAAAGUAUUACUGACAAUUGUUCUUUAUGGAUUUUAUUCAACAAAGAACCAUUAUGUAUCCUUGCUGAUCUCCACAAAACUAUCCCACUUGUUGACAUAGAUCAAAACUACAAGGGGAGAAUUCAGUGUUCCGUAGCUGAACCUUACAACCAAGCAAGCAUUUGUUUCACGACGGGCAUCCAACCUUCUGAUGCCGGAGUUUAUGCUGUAAGACUGUUCAAACCUCCAGGCGAAUUCAUCACAAACAAUACAUUGCAUGUAAUUGGUCAACCAACGAAACCUAUCAUUAGUGCUCAAAGCAGUGUUAUUGCUGGUGAUGUGUCUACCAUUAACUGUUCAAGUGUUUCAUCAUCAACUCUAUCAACGGGGCACGAUUUGUUCUAUACAUGGUUUGUAAACAAGCAUCUGGUCAGUGGCCAUAGGUAUACAGUAUCUGAGCAAGGAGGGAACGAACUGACCAUAAACUCAGUUCUAAAACAAGAUAGGGGGAAGAAAAUCCACUGCUUAGCAACAGAGGAUGAAGGAAUUUCCUCAGAACCGAGCGACGAAAUUGUUUUGAAUGUAUUAUAUGCUCCGGAGAUAGUCAUCAUGCCUUCAAAGAAUGUAUCGGUUUAUCUCAACGACUCAAACCUCCAACUUGUAUGUUCUCUAAUUGAUGCCAAUCCAGCCAGUAAAUUAGUGUACUCUUGGACCAAAGACGGUCUCAAAAUUGGUUCAAGUCAGAACCUCACAUUAAAAACAAUAAAGAGGUCAGACCAAGGGGUGUACCAAUGUUUAGCUAGCAAUGCCGCAGGAACCUCACUUCCGGCAACUGUUUUUGUAGAUGUUUUAUACGCUCCUGAAAUACAAACGUUCACGUUGAUCGGUGGACAAAUAGUGAAUGAAUUAGAUUCCUUUGUUAUCGUCUGUUCCAUCAGAAGUCCACGACCGGGAAAUAUAACCAUACAUAAUCAAAAUACAAACGAAACUGUCAAAAUAGGAUAUAACGUUUAUUCAGUAAAUUUCAUCGAGAAUUCAGCCCAAUGCUACCAGACAGCUUCCUUUGUGUGCUUAGCAGGGAAUAACAUAGGAAGAACACAAUCACAUCCUUUGGAUUUAUACGUAAAAUGCAGACCGAGAUCGAUGGAUGAUCUAUACUUCCAAACAUUAUGGGGUAAACAUAUAACAUUCUCGGCUAUGUAUUUGGCAUACCCAAGGCCUUCUAUUGCAAUGACGUUUCGGAAAUUCAGCACUGCACCAGAUGUUUCUGUGUCCACUGCUCUCUGGGACAUAGCUAUAAAACCAAAAAACAUCUCGGCGUUUUCUAUAAACAUUAAGAGGGACUUUCUCACUUCGGAACAGUUUGGAUUUUACACUGUAAACGUCAGCAAUGACCAGGGAUUUUUCGCUGCAACACUUUUUAUCCGACCGAGAGAUAAGCCAGAGCCACCCCACAACAUCUCGGUGAUGUGUUCAGUCGCGAGAACUGCAAUUUUAAGUUGGAUACCUGGGUCUGAAAGAGGAGCCCAGCAAACGUUUUUGGUCAGUUAUAAUACACCUAAUAAAAGAGCGCAAGACAAUCAUACUGUAUUUGGAAACAGUUUGGUCAUAUCAAACUUGAAAAGUCGACGCUACAUAUUUACCAUUACUGCCAUAAAUAUGAUUGGCCAAUCUCAGUCAAUUCAAGACAGUUGCACCGUUAGAGAUUUGGAAAAAGAAAGCUGCCCACUCAAAACAGUAUUUGGGUUCUUAUUUGCGCUGUUUUUGCUUAUAUCUGUUGGACAGAUUACAUUCAUACUUUUAACCAAAUUUCGCCAACGAUACGUAAACAGAUCUCAUAUAUAUACGCAAAAUGCAGAAACUGCUUUGGUAAACAUUACACAUGCGUAUGACCUCGAAAAUGUCCAUGCUUCCAUGUCAUCCAGAACUGACAAUCAGAUGGAGGCUUCACGCCUCUCGUGCACCUAUGAGGACGUAGAUAUUUCAGGGCAGGCACAUUCAACGCAAAAUGCAGAAACUGCUUUGGUAAACAUUACACAUGCGUAUGACCUCGAAAAUGUCCAUGCUUCCAUGUCAUCCAGAACUGACAAUCAGAUGGAGGCUUCACGCCUCUCGUGCACCUAUGAGGACGUAGAUAUUUCAGGGCAGGCACAUUCAACGUUCUUAGGAAUGACGUCUUAG